AUGGACCGGAGGGAGUAUAAUUUAUGGCAUUUUCGCUUAGAAGAUAAGGGAGAUUUCCAUGCUGCUUUGAAUUUUGCAGCAGUUCUUGAAGCUCCUGUUAUAUUUCUAUGCCGCAACAAUGGAUGGGCCAUUAGCACCCCUGUCGCUGAGCAAUUCCGAAGUGAUGGAGUCGCGAUAAAAGGGAAAGCUUAUGGAGUUCGAAGUAUUCGUGUGGAUGGCAAUGAUGUUCUUGCAGUUUAUAGUGUUAUUCGUGCAGCUCGCGAAAUGGCAAUAAAAGAACAAAGGCCAAUAGUAGUAGAGGCCAUGGCUUAUCGAGUAGGCGACCAUGCAUCGUCUGACGAUUCAACCAAGUACCGAUCCAGGGAAGAAAUCGAGUACUGGAGAAGACGAUGCUCAGUAGCCAGAUUCAGAAAAUGGAUACAGAAAAAUGGUUGGUGGAGUGAUGAAGAGGAACUAGAAUUCCGGGGAAAUACCAAAGAGCAGGUGUUGCAAGCACUUGAAAGAGCAGAGGAAACAGAGAAACCUCCCUUGGCAGAUUUGUUUACUGAUGUUUAUGAUCAAAUCCCAUCAAAUCUUCAAGAACAAGAGAGGUAUAUUAGAGACGCGAUAAAGAGACGACCAAAUGAGUAUCCUUCUAAUAAACCUCUAUAGGCUAUAUAUGAAAAUGGUAA